AUGUCCAUCAUCAAGUCGAUCCUGGAAUGCCUCUGGGGACCAUCACCCGACGUCUACCAGACCGAUGCGCGCACUUCCGCCGUUGCAUCAGACAUUGUCAAUAUUCUCCUGACCGGUGAAACCCGAGAGGCCAUUCAGAAAGGAGUGAAAGAACAGGUCGAUGCCAACGGGUGGAGCGAUUCCAUCGCCCAAGCUAUCCUCCAUGGCCUCAACGACGCUAUCAAAGCCGGAGCGGAAAUGGCCGGCCCUGCUGCCGAUGCUCUGAACAAAGCCAAAGAAGCUGCAGUGGAUUUUGCCAAAGAGCACCCAGUUUUUACGAUCCUUCUUGCUUUGGGGGUGCUGGCGGCAUUAGCACCGUGGGUGCUCGAAGUCUUGGGAUUCGGGGAGUUGGGUCCAAUUGCUGGGUCUUUCGCAGCGAGAUGGCAAGCAGCAUAUGCUGGCUAUGUGCCUCGAGGAUUCCGACCGAGCCGAAUGCCCAACCAGAUGGCGCUGUCAGACGUCAAAGGGCGCGGCGAUGACCACAAAGCUUAUCUCAGACCACCAAUGGUUCGCCAGGUACACCCGGCCCCAUUUUGUGCUUGUGCUCGUGAUGGUGCUGUAUCGUCUUUCGGGCCUGCAAAACGACCGAGAAUCUCGAGAAGUUCCAGAAGUAAACUGAAACUAUACUCUGACCGAUACACACCAACUGACAAUACAAGAGCCGCACGCAGCCUCGGUCCGGCCAGUGAUCGGGUUGCCGAACUCACAGCCGAAGCCUCCACCGAGUGGAGCCAUGCCGUAUCAGUGGAUCCUAGACAAGCAUUGGGAUUUGCCCAUGAGCUCAAGUCGAAUCAUUCUUCACCCGGCCUGUCCCUUGGAUGCCUGCAGUAG